CCGACACAACACUGAACAACAUGUCAGCUUUCUCCUCCUCUGGCUUCAACAAUCUAUCUAGUUUGUAUUAACACAUCUCCUAAUGGCCCCUUGAUGCAGAGUGUUAUUUUAAGUCUGGAUAAGGAUAUACAGAGGUCAAGAGAAAUUGUGUUUCCGGACUCCCUUUUGAAUUUUUCCUGGUUUUCAAUGUGCUGGAUCUAAGGAAGCAGUCACCUGUAAUGCUGCACGAUGGCCAAAGGAAAUAAAAGGAAAGCAGCUAAAAGUAAAACCAUCACCUUGAAAGUGGCUAAAGAGUGUCUUCAGUUGACUCUGGAUGGCAAACUUCGUCUGGAUCUGAGUUUUAAGGAGGUUUCUGUGAUGCCGAAGUGCCUCCCGAAGCUGUGUGAGGUGGAGGAAGUGGACCUGAGCAGGAACCUGAUCACAAAGAUCCCGGACUUCAUCGAUUAUUUCCUCAGCCUCCGCCUUCUGGAUCUGCACAGCAACUAUCUGGAGGAGCUCCCUGCGUCUGUCGGCCGUCUCCAGAACCUUCUGGUCCUGAACCUGUGCAACAACCGCCUGUCCAGCCUCCCCAGUGCCAUGGGUCUCCUGAAGAAGCUUCUGACUCUCAGCCUGGGGAUGAACCAGCUGAACAACCUGCCCUCCUCCAUCUCCGCCCUGCAGGAGCUGCGGCACAUCGGCCUCUCCGACAACAAGUUCACCCGCGUCCCCUUCUGCAUCUCCAGGAUGGACAAACUGGAGCGGGUCAACCUGGACAGGAACCCCAUCGUCACCGAGGAUAAAUCCAAUCAAUCCCAUUAAUAUCGAGAAGCUCUGCCUGGUGAAGGAAAGCAUCCUGUGUGAAGACUGCCUCAAUAAGUGCCAGACUGACAGGAAGACGAUGGAGGAUAAUGAAACAAAUUGACCGGGUAAAGCCAACCUGUUGACCCAGGAAGGAUAAGAAAAAAACACUUAUAGGAACUUCAUAUGUAUAGUUUUGACUCGUUUUAUUUUACCACACUGUUUACUCAAGCAUACUGGACUGUUUCCUUAAUAGUAAAGUGGUUUUAAGUUGCACUACAGUGCCAUCUACUGUUCUAACACAAGUAAGUAAGUUAUUUAAACCCCCACUAGAUGUCCAUUAUGCAUUAUUAUUAGCUUUAAUGGAGUUGGUAUCUAUGCAGUGUUUUGCUCAAAGACACUCAUCAUUUGUUUUCUACUUCACUUACAUUUUUAAUCUCAACCUUCUAAGGAAGAACAAAUGCUUCUUUACGAUAGAUAACAGAUAAUGAAGGUUCAACAGUUUAUUCUAAGCAUGACGGAGCCUAUAAAGCAACUAUUUUAAGUUAUUAGACACACUAAAUGCUCCUCUAAGUGUAUCCAAUGAGAAACCUUUCUAUUAUAUAAAUAUAUAUAUCUAUUCAAUCCCCCACUAGAUGUCCAUGAUGCAUUAUAAUAGGCUUAAAUAGAGCUGGUAUUCGCAGUGUUUUGGUCAAAGAUACUCUUUAUUUUUGACUUUUUGCAUUAUUUUUAACCAACAGGUAAUCUCAACCUUUGUUAUUAUAAAUCUGCUUU